GAGGUACGUUUACGGCGAGGACCGGUACGGCGGAGAGCCGUAUUUGAUGGGGAAGAGCGAGAAGGAAGAGGAAGGGUUUAUAAUGGCGAUGGUGCACGACGAGAGGAGGGGGAAAUCGGAGCUUCAGAUAGUGAACGCCAUGGAUUUGGAGAUGGAAGCUUCGGUGGAGCUGCCGACGAGAGUGCCGUACGGUUUCCAUGGUACCUUUAUAGAUGCCAACGAUUUGGCACAUCAGGCUUAGCAGUUAGCAGUUAUGGCAUCCUCUUCCUCUUCCAUUUUUUUCUUUUUCCAUUUGUGUAUGAUAUGAAACGUAGUCUCCUGUAAAAUGGGGUUCAUUUGAAGUUGUUGAGUUUUUAGGAUUGUUUUAGAUUUUUUUUUAUAAUUUUAAAAAGUGAAUAGACUUUUUAGCUUUUUAAUAUUGUGUUUAGUCCACAUGUAAAU